GAGAGGACUAUUUGCAAAGGUGUUAUCCCAGGAGGGGACUCAGGAGGUGGAUCCUAGGCAGUGACAUCACUUUGCUCACAAUAGGCCCCAGGAAAGCUUGGAACUCCCGUAACCUGGCACCCAUGUUCUAGUAAGGUCCCAUACCAGGCUCACUUGCCUACAGACACAGAGACUUUAGGAUGUUCUCUUGUUGUUUUCCCAGGUACCGGGGCUCUGGAUACCAGAAACCCCAGUGCGCAGGAUUACUCAGAUGUUGGAGAGGUUUCCUUAACCCACGCUGGCGAUGCCUCAGGAUGUUUUCCAGGAGGUCACAUAAGAGCCACAUGCCACAGAUGGAGGAGAAGCUGAAUGAGAGCCCCUGCUCUACUUCCCUGGAGGAAAGGAGGAAGCCCCAUGCCAUCAGCAGGAAGCAGCGCUGGCUCAGGGUGAGUGCAGGUACCAGGGAAACCCAACACCCAGGGCCCAGAGGCAAUGCAAAGAAUCCCAGGGCCCAGAAAACACACUGCUGCUCCCCUGGUAGCUCUCGGAGACUCCUGGUCCCAGAUGAACCUGGAACCCCAACUGCUCCCCAAACAUGCCCUCAGGCCCAGCCCCUGCCACGGCCAGACGCAACGUCACUCUCCACUUAUUUGCAGGAAUAUCAGAAAAGAGGUGUGAGACCAUUUCACGUCCCAUUCUGUCUAGAAUAUAUUGGCAUUGUUGUACACGCUUCCCCGACGAACGUUCCCAGGAGUCUCGGUUCGCCCGACCAUCCUUCCACACCUUCUCCACAUCUGACACACGUUCGUGAGGAGCAGGGAGAGUUUUACCCAAAAGACAUGGGGCUCAUUGUAUUAUGUCUAAUGCUCUGCACUUUGGUGGCCAAGCAACACGCCCCUGGGGCCCCUCCAGAUCAGGAGCAAGGGCCUUAUCACCUAGACAACAUUCUGGAAAUGUGACCACUCACCUCACCC